UGCACGAACCGUGAGUUUUAUCACGUUCAUGCGCGACCCGCGACGGUUCCCUCCUCUUAAAAAUCGUUUCGUUCGUGAACGCAAAGAAAUUGAAUACGUAGCAGAGACUGUUUACAGUUAGUGUUUAUUGGUUACGCAUGUUUUAAACUCCACCAUCGACGGUCAUAUUGUUGUCUUAUAAUUGUGAAAAUAGACGAAAUCGAUGGGAACUCAAUCAUCUGUGGUCAUUUAAACUUCAUUGUAUAGUAAAGACGGUGGAUUUAUCCAGAAUGCAGACUACUAGAGGAGAGGUUACUAUAUAGUACAGACGGUUUGUUACUCACCUACAAUAUUCAUUGCAUUCUUCUCAUUAAUUGUAUGCCCAUCGAGUUCUCUUAAUAAUGGUUGUGUAAACUUGAAGUAUCUAGGUAAUAAAUCUGUUGACUAUCAGUGAGGCGUCAACUGUUGAUGAAAUAUUUAUCAAGAAUUAAAUUAUGGCUGUAGUGUUGGAAACAACAAUUGGGGAUUUAACAAUUGAUUUAUUUACAGAAGAAAGACCCCAUUCCUGCAAGAAUUUUUUGAAGUUAUGCAAAUUAAAAUAUUACAAUUUCAGUCUUUUUCAUCAUAUUCAAGCAAACUUUGUAGCUCAAACAGGUGAUCCUACAGGUACUGGAUCUGGAGGGGAAUCAGUUUAUGGAAUUUUAUCUGGUAAAGAUGCUAGGUACUAUGAAGGAGAGAAAAAACCUAAAAUCAAACAUGAUCGACCUGGACUUGUUUCAAUGGUUCACUGUGGCAAUAAUUUAGUAGGGUCACAAUUUUUCAUAACUUUAGGUGAAGAUACAACUUGCUCGUUGGAUGAACAUAUUGUUUUUGGUGAAAUAGCUGAAGGUCAUGAUGUAUUAUUAAAACUAAAUGAGACAAUAUGUGAUGUUACACAUCGACCUUAUCAAGAUAUAAGAAUAACUCAUACUGUAAUUUUGGAUGAUCCAUAUUCUGAUCCUGAUGGUUUAAUUGUACCAGACCGAUCUCCUGAGCCACCUUUAGAAGUACUUCAGAGUGAUAGAAUUGGUGCAGAUGAAGAUAUUACAGAGGACAUAGAUGCUUCAGAAUUAGAAGAAAAAAGACAAGAGAAGGAAGCUCAAGCUCGUGCUACCAUUCUUGAAAUAGUUGGAGAUUUACCUUCAGCAGAUAUAGCUCCUCCAGAAAAUGUUUUAUUUGUGUGUAAACUAAAUCCAGUUACCAAUGAUGAUGACUUACAAAUCAUAUUUAGUAGAUUUGGUAAAAUUGUUAGCUGUGAAGUCAUCAGAGAUAAAAAGUCUGGUAACUCUUUACAAUAUGCUUUUGUUGAGUUUGAUAAUCAAAAAUCAUGCGAAGAAGCAUACUUGAAAAUGGACAAUGUUUUGAUUGAUGAUCGAAGAAUUCGUGUAGAUUUCAGCCAAAGUGUGUCAAAAAUUAAAUGGUUAGGUAAAGGACGAGGAGUGAAAUAUACAGAUAAAGAUGAUGAAGGAAAAAACAUCAGCGAUAAAUAUUCCAAGUACAGAAAUAAGAAAAGAGAUAUUGAUGAUUCUAAAAAUAAUCACCACAGAGAAAAAAUAUAUAAUGAUACUGAUAAUUAUAGAAAAGAUGACAGAAAUUAUAGGAAUCGAGAAAGUGAAAAAGAAGAAAUUGACAGAAGAACUGACAAAGAUGACAAAUAUAAAAAAUAUGAUAGAGAUGAUAAAGAUAAAAGACGUGAAAAGGAUGAAAGAAUGAGGAAAACUUACAGAGAUGAAAGAGAAAGAAAAAAUUAUAGAAAUGAUAGAGAUAAAAGAAGUGAGAAAGAUGAUAAAAAUAAAAGAAAUGAUAGAAAUAGCAGAGAUAAUAGAAAUGAAAAAGAAAGAAGAAGCAUUAAAAGUGAAAGGGAAAGAAGGAAUGAAGGUAGUGAUAAAAAUGAAAAAGAAUAUAAAAAAGAUAAUGUAAGUAAAAAAAGGGAAGCUGAGCAAAAUGGUGAUAAAAAUUCAAAAAAAUAUAAUUCAAACUAUCAUGAUUAUGAACUGUCAAAACAAAAACAGAAAAAUGAUUAUACUGAAUCUACCAAAAAGUCAAGUAGAGAAAAGUAUAAUAAUAAUGAUGAUGAAGUCAUCAUGAAAAAUUCAACAAAAAAAGAUGAAAAGAAAUCUAAAAAUAACUUAAAAAAGAAGAAACGUGAACGUAGUUCAAGUAAUUCUUCAUCUUCAUCAUCUUCUAGUUCAGAUUCAUCUAGUUCAUCAACUUCUACUAGUUCAAGUUCUAGUUCGACUUCUAGUUCUAGUCAUGGUGCCAAAAUAGUUAAAUACUAUGACAAAAAAGGGAAGCUAGUGAAGGUAGUAAAAAAUCAAGAUUCAAGUUCCAAUUCAGAUCGUAGACAUAAAAAACGGCAUAGAAAACGAAUUGUUAAAGUAUAUAAAAGUGUAAAAAGGAAGAGAAGAAGUGCUUCUGAUUCUACUAAUACUUCAUCUAGUGAAAGCGAAGAAGAUAGAAAAAAAAGAAAAAGAAAACAAUCUUUUAAAAAAGGCAAAAAAAUAAAAGAAGGAAAUGAUUAAAAU